AUGUCCUUGCUGUCCUCGUCUCGCAGCGCUCUGACGCGUCGUCUGCGUCGUGCACCACAGCUCCGCGCACUGCACGUGGCUCCACCUCUAGCUCAAGCGCAAGAGGAGGAAGACGACGCUCUUCCUGUGCUUGAGACGCAGCAAAUGAACAUGUUCACGGCCAUCAACGACGCCAUGCGCGUGGCCAUGGAGACAGACCCCUCUGCCGUGCUAUUUGGCGAGGACGUGGCCUUCGGUGGCGUGUUCCGCUGUUCGGUGGACCUUCGUGAGAAGUUCGGCGACGAUCGCGUCUUCAACUCACCGCUGUGUGAACAAGGAAUCGCCGGUUUUGCCAUUGGUUACGCGUCGACAGGACGGACGGCAAUCGCCGAGAUUCAAUUCGCCGACUACAUCUUCCCGGCGUUUGACCAGAUCGUGAACGAGGCAGCCAAGUUCCGCUACCGGUCAGGCAACGAGUUCGACUGCGGUAAACUCACGUUCCGUGCCCCGUAUGGAGCUGUGGGUCACGGUGGCCACUACCACUCGCAGUCACCUGAGGCGUACUUUGCACACACACCCGGACUUAAAGUGGUGGUGCCACGAAACCCGGUGACAGCGAAGGGGUUACUGCUGGCUUCUAUUCGAGACCCGAAUCCCGUGCUCUUCUUGGAGCCCAAGGCGCUGUAUCGCGCAUCAGUUGCAGAGGUGCCAGUGGGAGAGUAUGUACAAAAUCUGAGUGAGGCGGAGAUUGUGCGACGAGGUACGGACGUCACGGUAGUUGGUUGGGGCGCACAGAUGCGGGUACUGGAGGAAGCGUGUGGAUACGCUGAAGACGUCGGUAUCAGCUGUGAACUCAUCGACUUGCAGACGAUCUUCCCUUGGGACGCUGACACAAUUGAGCACUCAGUUCGCAAGACCGGUCGACUAGUUAUCAGCCACGAAGCUCCGGUAAGUGGUAGCAGAAUUAAGUGGUAG